CUGUCGGCUCGGCUGUCGUCGGUUGUCGGUUCGGUCGGUCGGUGCCGCGCCGUGCGUGUGGUGAAUUUACUCGUGGUACCCGUUUUGUAUUGUUUGGACUCCUGUAUUUUGACUGGUGCAUUUUAAUUGUCGUUAGAGCUUGAAGGUGUGACAGUAGAGUUACCCGUCCAGUGUUACGUUUGGAGGAGGCACUUGGAGAAACAAAGCUGCUAUACUACAAUGGAGUCGCAGGAAAGCGACAUAUGUCCUCAAGAAGAUUUCGAGAUGAUUUUGGGCGAGCCAGGGAUAGAUACCCUCGUCAAUAGUGCACAUGAGUGGACUGAUCAUCUGCCAAUUGUGGUAGAUCCCACUGGGGAGUUACCUGUGCGGAAUGAGUGGGCGGGUGUGCAUUUUUUCGAUGUCAAGGUUGACUUGACGGGUAUGCACAAAAAACACUAUGUUUACUCGCACAAGCUCAACAAGUUAUUUGUUGAUAUGGGCAAGGUGGUGCCCUUUCAAAUCAAAUGGGAUGGGCAGCCUGGUUUGUGUGUCAGAGCCUUAAUGAUGUUCAGUGUGGCUGAUAAUCUCAAACACCCUGUGCGUCGUUGCCUCACCCACAAGCACGUGGAUGACCCGUCAAAUAUCAACUACCAAUACAGUGAGCAUGUGCUAGCCACAGAGAAUGACAAUGCCUCCUAUGAGGUCAAUGAAUCCUCUAACAGGCACAGUGUAAAAGUACCCCUCAACAGCCUGCAACACGGAUGCGACCACAUACUUGUUAAUUACAAGUUUAUGUGCAAAACCUCCUGCACGGGGGGCCUUAAUCGUUCACCCACGGAUGUUAUCUUUACCCUGGAAAACAUGGCUGGAGAAGUUUUCGGCAGACAGAUUGUUGGGGUGAAAAUUUGUUCCUGCCCCAAGCGGGACAAGGAAAGGGAGGAAGCCAUAAUGGCUGAUCCCGCCGGGAAACGAAAAAUGAAGGUGAAGAAGGAAGAUAAGGGUCAGAAAACCCUUGAACCACCGACAAAGAAAAUAAAACAGGAAUUUGUAGAAGCUUCACCCUACUCAUCAUUUAUGAUAACUGCCAUUAAUCCUCAAGUUGCUCAGCACUUGAAGGACCACAUUCGGAAAUGGGAGGAGGUGAAGUCAGUGGAAUGGAGUCUGCCAGGAGUGCCUUCUACUCCGUUAAUAGAAAUAAUUGAUAAUGUGGCAGUCUUGCCUCAGCCGUAUCAAUAAUACCUACUAAUAAAAAUCUGUUUGUAAUCAGUUUACUUACCUAAGGUCUCCCAGUAAUUUGCGUAUACUUGUGUUUGUGUACGCAAGUAAUUUGUGUUUUAUUUGUACUCUAGGACUGAUAUAUUUAAAAGAAAUAACUCUUAUCAAGUGAAAUGUUCUUCACUUACUUAAUUAAAUUAAGUAGAUUAGUAUCGUCUAACAUUUAGUGUCUAAUGCAUGUCUAGUGACAAUGAUAAUCUUGUGUUGUAAAGGUUGUUGGUUGAUGCCCAGCACUUUCUCUAUCUCAAAGUGCUGGUUGUGGAGCACCCACCUUAUAGUCUAUUUUUGAUUCAGUAAGAACCAAGUGUCCUUAUGUCUCCACAUCCAUGAAAUGGCAGUUAAAUUUUUAAAAGUAUCAAAGCUGAUAAUGUGAUUUCUUACUUGCUGACCAUAGGUGAUAAUUAUAUUUUUCUUUACAAUGUCUUUCAUUGUAUUUAAGAUUGCAAUUUGUAUUAUUCUUUUAAUUUUAUCACUAAACAAAGGUCUAAAAUUGUAAUGUUCAGGUUGGUCACCCAGCUCUGUUGGAGCGCAAGGGCGCGCGCUCGCUGCCCAUGGGCACGGAGCCGUAAGGCGUAAGGUGGUUUAACGAUAGCUAAGGUCGCCUGCGCACGGGCCAGUACUGUGUACCCAUUUGCUACUAUUGGGCUGGGUGACCACACUGUACAUCUCGUCAGUUCAAAGUACCGAGUGGCUGGAAAACUCUGCACUUUUAUAUAGUUUUACAGUUACAGUAAAGUACAACCAAGAAAGUGCAUAGGGGUUUCCAUGUACCCUCUCAGCGCAACAAGAUUUGAGCUCCUCAGAUAGCAAUAUCCGGAUUCGAAGGAGUUCAAUUCUUUUCGCGGUGAUUGUACCUGAUCUAGUAGUAAUGACACCAGUCUUAUAAUAUCUGCAUUAUAUACAUAUAUUUAUUUUAGUUGAUGUUUGAUUCGAGCAUGUCCAAUUUAUUGCCUAUUAAAUUUUCUAUCUUCUCAA